AUGUCGCUUCCCGAAGACUUGCAACGAGCCUCAGUGAUCGCUUCUUGUGAAAAUCCGUUACCUUGCAAUAUUGUUAGCCAAUACGGCAAACGAAUUAUCAGAAUCUCGGAUCACCAAGUCGUUAAAUGUGGCCCAGAUGUGACAAGAGAAGAAUUUGACAAUCAACGGAUAGCGUAUGAACUUGUGGAUAGCCGCAUUGCUCGUAUUCCACGUGAUGGCUCUCUCUGCCUUGUUGAUUGGGCAUCUGCGGGCUUCUAUCCAAGGCUAUUUGAGUUCUGUAUGCAGUGGAUAUUUGAUGGAAAAGAUGGAAGCUUUAAUUCCCUUCUGUUAGAGUCGGUGGAUCCUCUAUCAGAUUAUGAAAUGGCGCAGAAAGAGGCUAUUCUGUGUGCGUGGAGGAACAUACAAAAGUAUCCAUUGUAA